AUGACCAAGUGCGCUGUAAAUGUAGGACAGAAAUUCGAGUGGAAUACAAGCGGACCAUUAAGCGACAUAUUCGAAGGAAAACCAUGUUUGGAUGUGUUUUAUUUGAAACAUGUAUUUUUCAGUAUGUUGCCACAUGCGAUCAUAGGAACACGGGAAAACUGGUUUUCCUCCCAAAUAUCCCCUGCUUUUUAAAAAGGAAAAGAAGAGUAGCAGUAAAACUUCCCGAUGGUAUCUUUUUCUGAUUAUCAAUGGAAGGACUUGCACACAGUAGCGGGAGAUCAAGCACGGGAAGGAUGCAUUUAACGCUGGAUGUGUGCUGCAUUCAGGGAGAUUCGGCUGUAACAGGAGCUUCGGCAGAAACGGCGAGUGCGGAGGGCCUGGGAAGCACCCAGCUCCACUAUCUCCUCCUUUUCCUCCCCCCCUGCAGGACCAUGCUUGCGUGAGGGAUGAGGCCGUGCACAGGGACACCAGGCCAGAGCUGCGGCCUACUUCUCUCAAGAGCCGGUCUCCCGACAGCAAGAUCUGUGAACACACCACCACCAUCAAAUCAGCAUCUUUGGGCAUCAGGUAGAUCCAGGAGCAUGAGCAGGACUUUGAGCUGCGGGAGCAGAUGUCUGGGUAUAAGCGCAUGCGGCGACAGCACCAGAAGCAGCUGAUCGCCCUGGAGAACAGGCUAAAGGCCGAGAUGGAUGAGCACAGGCUCCGGCUGCAGAAGGAAUUAGAGACACAUGCGAACAACACUUACAUUGAGCUGGAAAGACUGGCCAAACGUCAUGUUGCCCAAAGUGAGAAAGAGAUUAAGUCAGUUGCAGCAGAGGAGAGGAGGAUACAGCAACAGAUUGUUGCUCAACAAAAGAAAGAGCUGACGGCUUUCUUAGAAAACCAGAAAAAGGAAUACCGACAUUGCAAAGAGAAGAUCAAGGAAGAGAUGGGUGAGGACUCUUGUACACCCAAGGAGGAGAAGCAGGAGCGUCUGUCAAGGCACAAAGAAACAAUGCAGCGCUCUCAGGCUGAGGAGGAAGCCCACCUGCUGGACCAGCAGAGGCUGGUCUAUGAUCGCAGCUGUCGGGCCCUCAAACGCCGGAGUGUGAUCAGGCGACAUGAGUUUGAACAGGAGCAACUGAGAGAGGAACUGAACAAGAAGAGAACACAGAAGGAGAUGGAGCAUGCCCUGAUGAUCCGGCAGGACGAGUCCACUCAGGACCUGGAGCGGAGGCAGCUGCAGGUGCUACAGAAGCUGCGUGUGGAACUCAUGCGGCUGCAGCACCAGACAGAGCUGGAAAACCAGGAGGAGUACAACAGCCGACGGCAGAGGGAACUGCAGAGAAAACACGGUGUGGAGCAGCGGCAGCAGCCGAGAGACCUCAAGACUCUGGAGAUGCAAAUCAAGAAGCAGUUCCAGGAUACUUGCAAGGUUCAGAACAAGCAGUACAAGGCUCUCAGGAACCAUCAGCUGGAAGUUUCUCCUAAAGGCGACCACAAAACCAUCCUGAAGAGCCUAAAAGAAGAGCAAACACGCAAGCUGGCCGUACUGGCCGAGCAGUAUGAACAGAGCAUCAAUGAGAUGAUGGCUUCACAAGCGAUGCGGCUAGACGCCGAACAGGAAACUGAGUGCCAAGCUCUGAAGCUCCAGCUGAAGCAAGAGAUGGAGCUCCUGGAUGCCUACCAGAAAAAAACCAAGUCCCAGAUGGAGGCCCAACAUGAGCGUGAGCUGCAGAAACUUGAGCAGAAAGUCUCCAUACGGAGAGCGCACCUUGAACAGAAGAUUGAAGAGGAACUGGCCGCACUUCAAAAGGAGCGGACUGAAAGAAUCAAGCACUUGUUGGAGCGACAGGACAGAGAAAUUAGCGUUUUUGACUCAGAAAGCAGAAGCCUCGGCUUUGGAAGCCUUGGGUCUCUGGACUUCCCCAAAGAAGACAACAGAUGAAAGUGGAUCUGCGCUUAAAGGACAACAUAUCUGUGCCCUUCUCAUAUCCACUUGACCGUUUGUCAAAUCCAUGGUGACGAAACUGGAUAACUUUCUCUUCUACUUUUCUUCUCUCCUAGGUAUUUCAUCUUCAAAUAGAGGCGUCAACGUGCAAUGAGAUCUUCUUUUGUGAAAGUUGAAGGGGGAAAGUAAAACAAAAGAAUCAACUACAACCAUGUCAAUAAAAAGCAACCUUAGUCAGAGUAACUCAUUGUGUUCAAAAUAACAGACUCUUUCCUCCAUGUCGUCUCCUCUUUUUGGUAUGAAUUGAAUAAAUCAGGAAAUUUUAGUAAAAAUGGGCACUUUGAUAAGUUUAAAUAGAAACCCAUCAUGUUCAUAUGUUGCUUAAUAUGCGCAUUACAUGGAGGGAAAUUGUGGAAUGUGAGCUGCGGACUCCCCCGUGGUGUUAAGCUGCUUAGCCUUUUUUUCUUUUGAUUAUUUUAUUUUGUUCUGUUUAUUUGAUUUUAUUCUCUGAAUGUGAAUAUAACUGGGGUCAUUGAAUCGUCAGCGUUUAUUUAUUUUUAAGGGGUCUUUCAUUUGAUCAUACCUCCACAUUGUACUAAUGCAUACAGUAUUCUGUGCUCUGUCAAUCUUUUUCCGGCCAACAGAUCUUCUAUUUUCUUUCAGUUGAUACAUAGAGUCAAUCGGCAUUUGCUUGAUCAACCUGAUUAUCUUUUCACAACUCAAGAUCCCACUUGGUAAAACUGCUUAUUAUUGCAUGCACUUUAAGGACAAAUUCAGGUUGUGAAGUGAAGCAUGAAUCCGUCAGAGAUUUUAGCUGUUUGUAAAUAAAAGUGGUCAUAGCAUUCUUUUCUUCAUUUGUUUAUUUUAAAAUGGAUGCCAGACAUAUUUGAUAUGAUAUUUUCACAAAUGCCUUUAUUUAAGUUGUGCCUGAAGCAGAUUUCAGUUACGUGCUUGUUGUAUCUAUAUUUUACUGACUGAGGCCAGCACCAUUUUGUGUUUAGGUUCAUCUAAACUUGUGAAUCAUUUUAAUGUUCACUGAUCUUGUAAAGGAUGAUGGUGAGAAUUGUGCUGUAUAAUUUUUGAUAUGGAUAUUUGUAUGUGAGAACAUUGCUGGAAUACACAGAGACCCUGAUAAGAGUUAUUUUGCUUCGUACACACACACACACACACACACACACACACACACACACACACACACACACACACACACACACACACACACACACACACACACACACACACACACACAUAUAUAUUUACAUGUGUGUGUGUUUGCGUGUAAACACUCGAUUGCAAAGUCAAAUGGGAAAACUUUGAUUGUAUAAAUGGAACCACAUAUUAUAUCGGUGAAGUAUUUUACAGAUGAGAAGCUCCACAAAACAUAGCGACAUGUGGGUCUAGAUUACGUUUGAGUAAUUAGUGUCACAGGAUAAGAUUUGCAAAUUUUCACCAUGUUCAUUGUGGUCAUUGAACAGGUUGCACAAUUUUUCCAUUUUUAGUGAAUGGGGGAAAAAAUGUUUGGUGCUUAAUUUCUAAUACCACCUUUAGCCUUGCAGUUUUCUUUUUCUUUUUGUCUGCCUUGGAGAGAGUGUUCAUUUUCAAAAUAUAUAAGCAUUUUGCUUUAAGUCAAAACACUGUUAGGUUUUUCAUAACAUAUUUGUGCCCCAUGCAGUGAAACCCUCUAAAAAUGAAGUAUAUGUAUGGAAAAAAUAAAAAAUGCUAUUUUAUCAUUGGUUAGUUUUUGAAACAAUGUUUAAAGUGGUGGUUUUGAAUGCACCUCUGUUAUGUUUGACGGGUGUUUCUCUUGUUGUCUUUUUCGUUUUAUUUCCUUCAGAGCCGAUACUUGUAUUAGCAUUGGGUCAUAUUCCUCAGAGGGCUGAAAGCUGGAAGAUGUCCUCUGAAUUCACAAACUGUUUCAAACGGGGGAAUCUAACAACGUUUAGAUUCUGAUGGCAAUAUAACUUAAAUGCUCUUGUUUUACACGUCGAACAGCAAAAUUCUGCUUGAACGGAGUGCGUUCUGAAGUCGAAUGGCGGCACUAGAUUUUUUCAGCCUUUUACAUUUUCGUGAACUUUCAAAAAUUUGAUGAAAGCGUUUCUCAUAUGCAGUAAGGCCUUUUGUCUGGUCGUGUAUUACUGAAGCUUUGUGGAAAAAUAGUUACAUUUAAAAAAAAAAAGUGCUGUCGGGGUGCUAAAAUAUGUUUGCCUGAGAGCUUCAGAACAACGAUGAACCUUACAAUUUGUGUGAAUUUUAUGUUACUAGAAAGAUGUAUUUAGUUAGAAUAAAAGGGACUUUCCUAAAGAACUUUAUUCACCAUUUCCUGUGCAGUUCAAAAACAAA